UUCAUAAAAGAAUAUUGGAAUAUGAUGCGCCCUAUUUCCACCUCUAGGUGUACAUGUAUAUAAAGCAAGUAUAGUACUAAUCUUUGUUUCAUCAAGCAUCAAAACAAAAAAACUUCUUUGUGAGUAUGGCAGGAAAGAACAAGAGUAUCAAGUUUAGUGAUUCUGAAGACGAGUAUGAUUAUGAAACCGACGACUCGGGGACUGACUUGAAUCUUCAUUUGGAGAAACUGAAUCUUGGACCACGAAAGAAGUUGCUUAUUAUGAACCUUAACGGGUUACUGCUCCUUAGAGUUCAUCGUUGUUCUAAAAGUGAAAUUCCGAAGUCUCGUGCAGCUGAUGGGCACUACAGAGGCUAUCUUGUUUUUAAGAGACCAUUUAGUCAAGAGUUUAUGAAAUUCUGCUUGGAAAGAUUUGAAGUUGGUAUUUGGUCAUCUGCAAUGGAGCACAACAUAGAUGCUGCCUUGAAUUAUGCCAUUGGAUCUUUAAGAAGCAAACUGUUAUUUGUUUGGGAUCAACGUCAAUGUACUAAUUCCGGCUUCAAAUCCUUAGAAAAAGCUUCGAAGCCUUUGUUUUUCAAGGAAUUGAAGAAAGUUUGGGAAACUGUGAAGAAGGGAGGUCCAUAUUCUGCUUCAAAUACUCUGUUGAUUGAUGACAGACCAUACAAGGCGUUCCUCAAUCCUCCUAAUACAGCUGUAUUCCCUCAGUCGUAUAAGCCGGAUAAUUAUGCGGAUAGAGCUUUAGAUCCAAAGGGUUUGAUGUGCACGUACUUGAAGGGUGUUAUGGAGUCUCCUGAUGUUCAGUCUUACGUGAAGGAUCAUCCUUUUGGAAUACCUGCAAUUUCUUCUACGCAUCCAGAUUGGAAUUUUUACUCCCCAGUGAAAGAAUGUGUUGACAAAAAGAGAGGGGAUUGAAGAAUGUGUCUUGGGAUUAGGAAAUUAAGAAAUUGAGUAUCUUAUCUCUCGUUUUUUUUUUGGUUUUUGUUAUGCUUUAAGUAUUUUGGUUAGUUGAAGUGUUAUGUGGUUUUCAAUGGACGUAUGUUUCACUUUUUAUUCGA